AUGUCAUGUUGUGCUGGAAAAAAGAUUUGUGACUUUUGUGGUCAUAAUAAAGCAUUACUCUUUUGUCAAUCUCAUCCCGACGUCGUCUUUCUCUGCUUUGAAUGCGAUGUACAAAUUCAUCAGGGCCACGACGCGGCUCGCCAUGUUCGUUGUUCAAUUAUUUGCUCCCAAUGUCAAUUAUUAUUAACUCCCAUCCAAGAUGAUUCCGACGAGGAUCUCGCUAGCUGCUCAACCUCAGAGUCCUCGACCACAGAGACCGUUGCAGUUACUUCGAAGAAGAGGAAACGCACAGAUAGUAUGACUCCAGAUCAGUUCUCAUCAUCCACGGGGGACCAUUCCAUUCCUCCGUUGGUAAUUGAUGGCGAUUCAACCAAACUCGGUCCUCCAAAAUCCUUGAUGGUGGAAGAUUGGUGUGAAAGUAUGUGUUUGAACGCAGAGGCAAAGUUGAUGGUUGUUCAGAUAGCAGGCCGUCUGCGCUGGAAUGAGUUGAAAAGCGACAUUCCGUUGAGCAUUUCAGUGGCGGCCAUGAUCUUGCGCGGCCUUAAAGUAUUAGGUUUUUUCUCUGGACCGGUGUGGCCACAUAAUCUUAAAUUAUUUGCUAAGCUGGCGAAGUUAGCCGGUGCUCCGACUGAUCUGAUACAGGAUGCCGAGUCGAGGCUUGAUAAAGCCGCUAAAAUCCUAAAACAACGCCGCCGUCAACAAUUGUCCCAAGAAGGAUGGGAUGAAAACUAA